AGGCUUAUUUCCAUUGUGGUUCUUUAUUGCAGUACAAGAUGGCAAAAUAAAUACAAACUGUCAAACAAGUAACGUGCAACUUUAAGUGAACAUUUCAUCAGGUUUGCUGGCAGUGGUCUAUCCAUGUUUACCACCUGAAUAGAUUGUAGUUGAGUCAGACUGGGCUGUUGGAGACUGUCUACACGGUGGCACCAUGGCUCAACCAUUUCUUAAGAUUCUUUGAAUAUUAUUUGGAUCAUAAUCAAGUUGUGCUUGAGCACAAGGUUUACUGAAAAGACCUUUUAUUCAGUGUGUGCUGUCAUGUGUGAAUGAGUCUUUAAUUAGAUUUUACAUUUAAAUGGUGCUACCUUUAUGAAUUUUUGUUUUGGUUCUGUCAUCAGAUCCAGAAGUAAGCAUGAUCAAACAUUACACUUGCUCAUAAGUGUUCAAGCUGCAUUAAGCUGAAGUUAUGCUUUCAUACAUGCAGAAGUCACUGAAACACUCUUGAAGUUAGAAAUUUUAAAGAAAACAAACAGGUGAUCUGAACCCUUAAGGAAAUGAUGAAAUAAGCAGUAAAAAACAAAUGUAAUGUCAUAACAAAACACCCUAUUUGCUUGGUUUAGCUGUGUAUUUUGUAUUUAAUAAUUGCUAUAUAAUGUAAUGGCAAUGCAAUACAACAAUAUAAAGUCUGUUCUGCUGUACAGUUCAGAGAGUUAGCGAGUGGUAAAAACAGACAUGAUGAAAGUAGAAGUCUUUCUGGCCAAAAUCUCCAACCUUCAACUUUACAAGAAAACAGGUAGCUGGAACAUCACCAAAGAAAUCACACACAGAUGUUUGAGAUGGCUAAGCCAUGUGCUAAGAGAACAGGGCCAGAUCACGAGUCGCCUGAAGAUGAACACCACCAGGCACAAGAAAACCUGGAAGGCCCAAAACCACCUGGCGCAGAACUCUGUCACUGGAGUUAAAAAGAUGAACCUGUCAUGGGGGGAGGCGCAACAUGCUGCCAAAGAUCGGAUGUAGUGGAAAGAGCUCAUUGAAGCCUUCUGUUCCAUAUGGGAUAAAGAGGAGUAAGUAAGUUAUUGCUAUGUUGUCUUUAUGCUCAAACUGCCAGCAAAGAGAUGGUGUUUUUGCCUGAACCGUCUGCCUGAUAGCCACCUUAAAAAUUAGGUGACUUUGUGGCUCCCUGAUAGCCUAAGAGUUACCAGCUCUGACCAUGAAAAGCAAUGUCCCUGAUCCAAGUCAGACUGGGGACCUUUGUUGUGCGUCAUUCCCUAUCUUGUUCCCCUAUGAUUUCCUUCGCUUUCUACUUUCUCUUUCCUGUCAGCUCUAUAAUAAAGGUAAAACCAAAGCCCAACCCAUGGGCUACAUCUAUGAUCUAGAAAAUCUUACUUUUAUUACAUCCAUUAAACUUAGAGGUAACAUUUUAUAAAUAUAAGUUGCAAUUUGUGUAGUUUUUUAAGUCUAGUAUUCAUUUUCAAACUCUUUAUUUGCAGCUCACAUAGACACGCUUCCUCUUAGGAUCAUUACAGUUUCAGCUAUUUAAUAACUUUGUAAAAUAUGAUAGCUCAAAAUAUAAUGAUUGUGGAUUUUUUUUAUUUUGAAAACCUUGAAUAUAUUCAACCAUUGAGCAUGGGUUGAUUGAGAGACAAUGGGGCCCUGGGCACAGAUUUGCAAAGGGCUCUACCACCUCCCCUACAUAGGAGCAAAACACACAUACUUUGUGGUGGUUUCAUGUCUCUUAGUGGUUAUUUUGUAUUUCCUUGCAGUUGUUUUGUGUGUUUUUGUAGUCGUUUCGGUCUCUUUGAGGUAAUGCUGUAUCUUACUGAGAAAAUAAUCUGCCCUUUUCUGUCUUUUUGUGUCUCUUUGUGGUCAUUUUGAGUCUCUUUCAUCGGUCUGUGUUAACCUGAGUGACAUUUUGUAAGUGACAGCGAUGUCUAUUUUACACUGGACAUAAAAUAGACAUGAGAUACAAGAGUAAAAAGAUAAACAUAAAGCCAACAAACUCUCUCAAGCAUUUCACCAAAGAGACUUGACAAGGGACUCCAGAAUUAAACAUCAAAAACAAAAAAUACUGACAAAUGUACUUUCACAUAACCACAGCAAAAUAACCCAACAAAUAAAUGACACGUCUCCUUGAUAAAUAUGCAGAGUGGACUUUUUUUUAACCUGAGACAACAAUCAAAGCCUCUUAACGAGCCCCACCUGUUGCAAGCUUAAUUAACACAGGUGUAAGCUGAGGCUGAAGAUGCACCUGACUGGUUGUUAAAAGCCCAGUUGUUCUGCUGCAUAUCUGAAAGUGCUGUCCGUCUGCUCUGAGCUUGCAUCUCCGCUAUGGCAGGAGACAAUGAAAGAGGACACAGAUCAUGUCAAGCUGCAGCAGUCAUAUUAAUCCUGUGCACUUUGGCCCAGAGUUUAACUUGUUUUAGCUUGAGAGGGCUGGGCAAAAACAUGCAGCAGGACAGGGUAGCUAAUGAGGCCACAUUGAUGGAAGUAAGGACAGGAAGAGAUAUCGUAAAUGGGAAAGAUGUUAGCUCCCAGUCAGGAUCUGCAUCUGCUGCUGCCACAGGAAAUGACGGAUUGUUGCGUGUUGACUCUGAUCAAUCAGAUGGCGCAGGGACGUUGGAGCAGAUGUCACAGCUUGAGGACAGUAUGGCCAAAGAAGCAGCAUGGAGGCGCUUGAAUCCUUCCCUGCACUGCGGGCAAAGCAAGAUGAAGUUGAAAGCCAUGGGACCUGGAGCUGCUGACUUACAGAUAGACAUGGGUGCCUGAAACCUGUGGCUAUUCAAUGCGGCAAAAUGCACUGGGCCUCGUUUUGGUUGUCCCCUAUGAUGGCUGCAAUGUGAUACAAGAGGAUGGGAAUUACGUGUUGCCAAUGACCUGGCUGGAUACACCAGUUAAAUUUGCCUGCCCCAUGUUGACAAGUUCUGCUACAACACCUCCUUCAACUGCCCCUGAGCCUGCUCAGCAGCCCUGGAAACUUCCCUUUCCUCCUAUGCCCAGUGGCCUGAAUCGUCACAAGCGUCACGCAACCCAGCCCCUCACCAUGUACGAUCCGAGCAGCGCAUAUUAUGCCUACUGGUAUUACUACUAUUACAUGUACAUGAUGAGACAGACACCAGCACCAACCACUGCUGAGCCUGACAAGACCACUGUAACUACCAAGCCAUCCACAGAGAAACCUCCUGUAUAUCCAUACUAUCCCUAUUACCCUUACUACCCCUACUACCCUUACUACCCCUACUACCCUCUUCCAAAUAUCCCAGUGAUGACUACAACGUCCAAACCCACGACAGCCGAGAUGACGACCGCAACAGUGUCAGCGCCAAGCACAACAGCGUCUGCAACAACCACCAAGACUACUCCAAAACCACAAAUCCUUUACUACCCUCCAUAUUAUCCUUAUCCCUAUCCCUUCCCUCCAGCAGGACAACACAUGCCUAACAAUACUGACAUUUACUACUAUCCAAUCAUCCAGCAUUAUUAUGGAAAGCCUCCAUACACACAAACUCCCACGACAACCACUCCGGCUCCAACUCUCACAACUGCUAAGCCGGGUGACUCAAAUCCUACAGAGGAGCCAACAACUACCUCCACUACUACCACAACUAAAAAGUGUUCCAGGACAACAAAACCCAGCAGUGGCGUCUAUCCAGGCCUAGUGACUGACUUUGUUCCUUACUUCCAGCUCCCCUUUGAUCCAGAAGUUUCAUUUGCCAAGGCUGGUAAACUUCCAGGUGACCAUAAGUUCAUGCCUCAAGCUGGCUACAAAUCUGGACCCCAGGCUCGAGCACAUCCACAUCCACAUCCAGGCUUCAACUUCUGGCAACCCGUGCCCUGGUUUCCACACCCAACAGGCAUAGACAAUCUCCCAUUUGAUUUGAAGAAAUCUACGCCUUAAACACUCUGAAUGAAUGGUAAGAAUCACUUCAUGUCUGAAAUUAUAUUUGUAUGAAUUUUAAAAGUAACUGUUUUGCUUUGUUUCAGGAGCUGGAGUCCUGUAAUACUGAGCACUCAAUAAACACUGUUUUACUCAGC